AGUGCCUGCGAGCUCCAGGCUGCUUGGGGAAUUCACUUUGCCGCUUUUACGCUUCUCCCUCUUCGGGAUUCUUCUGCUGGCUUUCUGGCUCCGGCCCUCUCCUUUCCUUUACACGGAGAACUUCGCGGCGGUUUCUCUUUCCCCUUGGAGGAGAGGAUUAAAAGUUCCAAGAACUGGUGUCGCCCGUGCCGCUCGGGCGCUGGGACGGUGCUUGCCGGCGGGGUUCCAGUCCCACCAUGUGCACCAACAUAGUUUACGAGUGGCUGAAAGCGCUGCAGCUCCCGCAGUACGCGGAGUCCUUCGUGGAUAACGGCUACGAUGACCUGGAGGUGUGCAAACAGAUCGGGGACCCGGACCUGGACGCCAUCGGGGUGCUGGCGCCCGCGCACCGCCGCCGCAUCCUGGAGGCCGUGCGCCGGCUGCGGGAGCAGGAUGCCGCCGCCGCCGGCCUCUACUUCACGCUGGAGCCGCAGCCGCCGCCCGUGCCGCCCGCGGUGACCGUCCCCACCGGCCGCCGGGGGGAGCCGUGUGGCGGCCCGGCCUCGGGCACCCGCGGGGACCCCCGCAGCCAGACGACCGCCCCCCGCAGCAGGGAGCUGGUGAGCUACCCCAAGCUGAAGCUGAAGAUCAUGAUCAGGGAUAAGCUCGUCCGCGACGGCAUCCACCUGAGCAAGCCCCCGUACUCCCGCAAGGUCCCCAUGGCCGGCAUCCUAGAGUACUUAAUGAAUUGGCCGAAGUCAUCACAGAACCGCUAGAUAUCAUUUUUGAGAACUCGUGGAGGACUGAUGAGGUGCCUGAAGACUGGAAAAGGGCAUAUUUAGAACCUUCUUUCAAAAAAGGGACAUGGAUGAUGACCCUGGAAAUACUCAUCAGCUUAACUUUUUGCUUGGAAAAAUUCUGGAAUAAUCAACUUAGUAUACUGGGUAACUAACUUACAACAGCUAGAAAUGAGGCAGUGAAACAUCACAUAAAGAAGAACUGAGUUCAGUUUUGAGAUAAGGUCUUGUGCAUACUUUGGGAACUCUCCUGUCCAUUCUCCGAAUUCUUGGGGGGAAAUAAAUGAGGUUGGCUGAGGCAUUUGGGUGAUAACUGAUUGUAAGUGUAAUAUAAGACACAGAGCAGGUUUCUGGCAUUAGCUUGCCAUUACGUCGUUUCCACAUUAGCCUUUAACUUGAGAAUUAGGAGCUUUCAUUUUAUAUUUUAACAUACAUCUUCUUCUCGCUUCAUAUAGGACCAUGUUUUCGUGGGUUGAGAUUUUUUUUUUUAUAGAAUUCAAUAUAGAAUAGUUUGGUGAUGGAAUUCUUAUUUUAAGGUGCUUUUUAUAGUCAUUUCAUAUAUAGGUAGAAUCAUAAAGCUGAUGAAUUAAGGAACAUCACCCAGGAAAGACCAAUUUUUCUAACUUCUAGUUUUAAAUUUAACCUGGCUAAAGUUUAGACCAGUAACAGUGUCUUGCCCUCCCAGAAGCCCGGCUAGAGCCAGCUCUGUAACUUGAUAGCUAGUUUCCUCACUCCCUGGGGGCUGCCAAGGCCAGUGUUGUGUCCAGUCCCACCUCACUCCCCAAGUUGCUGAUGUCAGGCCUGUGGGGGGCAGGGAGGUAGACCUAACCACUGGCCGCAUAACCACAGCCAGAAAGGAGAGUAGAAGGAAGUAGGGGAAGGAAAUGAAGACAAAUCUGGAAUAUUCCUGAUUCUUACUCUUCUUGCCUUUGGAUGUCAGUAGUUUUAUUUCCUGCUUAGAAAACACAGCCAUGUUGAUGGGAUCAAAAAUAAUUGAAAGGAAGUUAUCAAAGAAGACACAGAUAUACACAGCAGGCUCCCAGGGCAGGCAGCUUCUGAGAGCCCCUGAGCAGUCCUGCAUUACAGAAUCUUUCCCACACUACUUGGAAAUAGACACGAUAUGUAAGUUUACAUAGCAUUGUGAUUCUUAAGAGUAGGAGACUCUCAAAGGAAAAGCAAUUAACAUUCAUUUUCUUCCUGGUGCAUACUGGUCCCUAGGUGAGCAGUUAAGGUCUCCAAGGGCAUUUUUAUCACAGUACUGCUUUAAAAAUCUAAGGUUUACAUAGUUUAUCUACUUCUAGAGAUUAAUUUAGACACUGUAAAAUCAGUCUCAAAUGCAACGCAAGGAGAUUAAGCUCAAAAGCAUGUGUAAAUUGUCCUUUAAACUCUAUGUUGCUUGCAGAUAAGUAAGGAUCAUACUCCAGUCAACCUUUUCGUCAUUUUUUCUGAGGGAACCAGAGUCUUUAAAAUUUCCAAGCUAGAUUUUGUUUUGUUUUGUUUUGUUUUUUUAAGGAGUGGGAGGUCUGUAUAGAUUACAGAUAUAAUUUAUUGUGAUAACAAAUGGCUUCCUCUUCACGACCUCAUUUCCAGGUGCAGCAUCGGUGGUAGAUUUCACAGAUGUACAUCUACAUGCAUUCUUUGACCUGUUGCUAGAAAGGACCCAAUUUCUGAAAACUCUGCUCACCAUGGGCAUUAUGAUACAAUCUAUGGCAACCGGAAAAAAAAAAAAAAAAAAGGUGGGGGGGGGGACUCUGGUCAUUUAAAGUUUUAUUUUCUAUUUGUGUUAUGUCUAACUUCAGUUAUCUUGCUACAUUUAAAUCUCUUUGUGUCUGCUGUUGGAAUCUGAAAAUAAUGAUUCUCUACCUAAAUUAAGAGUCACAAUCUAGAAUGGUUAACUAGCCAAUGGACUUGUAAGACUUCUCACCUAAAGCCAGAGGAAGAAAACUUUAAGUAGGGAAAUAUUAAAGGCAGCUCAUUAAUUCUUUUGCAUUAAAUGAAGAUCAGGUAAGCGUUAAAAUAUAAGAGAAAGGAAGGAGUCUUACCAUGAAUUAUACCUGGAGAUAAUUACUCUUAGGAUGAAUAAUUAUUUCGUAGCAUUUUCUCUUUUAUCUAACAUUUAUGAUAUCUUUAAUAUUUUAAGAUAAGGUAAGUAAGGGACAGAUAUGUUAACUGAACUUGAGGAGUACCUUGAUUUGUAUUUCCUAGAACAUCAAAAGAUAUUAGUUAGAGACUUUUCUUUCAUAAUAUUGAGGAUAUUAUGAAUUUGGAGGAUUAUAGCAAAAUUCCUGUUCAGUUCAUCUUACAACAAAAUUUUGUGGAGUGAGGAAUCAGCCUUUUCUUGACUUAGGUAAUGCAUAAUGUGAAGGGCUCCCUCCCACUACAGGAAUUUAAGCAAAUUAGAACAGCUGUACUCAAGCAGUUUCUUAGUCCAGAGAAGUUUACAGCAUCUUGUGUUGUGAAAUCAACAACAAAAACAGUAAGCCUUGAGUUUUUACUUUGGAGCUCCUUGGCUCUUAGUUCAAAUUUUGGAAUCAUGCCGAUUGCCUUUUCAGGUGGUGAAUCAAUUUAGAACAUAAACUAUAGUGUAGCAUGGGGAAUGGUCUUGAACGAUUAUUGAACUAAUCAACAGCUUUUUAUCCUUGUCCAUAAAAUAGGAAAAAUAAAUACCUUCCAUAAUUCCUAAGAGGCUUAUUAGCAUUCUGCACCAAACAUCCACAGAGUUCCUGGCCCAGUGCUUGACAAAUAGGUACUGAGUGCCUUCCUCUCUUCCAUUUUUUACUCUGUGAUUUCCUCUUAUAUGAAAGAAACUACCUUAAAACUGACUAGAAAACUCCAGCAUAAAUUGACAUGUCCUUAUUGCUGCCUUAGACCCACUGAACAAGGCCCCUUUGCUUUCUUUUAGAAAGGAUAGAAAGGUUACAGUGGCCACUCACAGUAGGAAUUCAGUAAAUGUUUAUUGAUUGAAUGAAAAGAAUGUGAUUUUUUAAAAACAGUGAGCAAAUGUGUAAGGCCAGCACUUUUCAAGGCUGAGGAAAUAGUCCCAUAGACACAUAGGAAGGUAUUUCUUCAACUUUCUUCUUUUUUUACAGCUUUAGAUUUAUAAAUUUGGUGUAUAGGUUAGUGAGUAGUAUAUAUGAUUUUGUGACUGUGAUUUACAAAUUAGGAGUGCAAAUGGGCAUUUCCCCGUAGAUUCUUCUGGGAUAAAUCCAGCAAGGUACCUGGCAGAUGAUGGCAGAUCAACAAACUUUUCUAUGUGAGGAGAAACCAGAUGUACCAGUGACUAGGAAGCACCCGCCAGAAAACUGAGCUGAGCCUAUCUGGAUUAUUCUCUGGAAAGAGUCUGACUGCUGUAAACAGGUUCCUUGCCUGGGCAUUGAAGAAUAACAAAAAGAGAGGUUAAAGAAAAUUACAUUUUUAGACAAAAUAUUUGGUUUAUAUAAAUUCUUACAUGUAAUAUUAAAUUAGGUAUCAAAACAUCAGGGUCAGGCAGGUAGAAGGUUUCUGAAUUUCAAAGUAAAAUAGGGAAUAAACAAUAGAAUAUUAUAUCCAGAGACAUAUACAGGAAAUGAGCAAGAGCCUGACCUUAAAUUGCCAGUUCUCUGUUCAGACCAGGGGCCAAGUAAUAGGCAAUGCUUAGAAGUCAGUUGACAACUUGUGCUUUGACCAAAGCAUCUUUAAUAACAGAUGCUGUAUUAAACAAAGUAAGUAGUACAGCACAGAGCCAAUCAAAUCAGCUAGGUUUUCUCUUUCUGAAGUUUCUAGAUUCUUCGCAAUCUCAGUGGUCAUCGGUUAGAUAUUCCUACAUCAGAUGUUUUACACUAUCAGAUUCUUUGAUUAGAAAAUUGUCGUUAACAUCAUAUUAUUAACCUCUAGGAUAUAAAAUCAAAUUUCUAUUCCGUGAUCACUGUGACAGGUAUUUCCAUGAAAGGUACACAUAAAAAACAAAACGGUAGUA